UCUCUCCUCUCCUCUCCUCCAUCCAUCCCUUCCCUUUUCCUUUCUCCUCCGCCUCUGGAUGGUGCGUUAGGAGCGCAUCCAGCUGGACGGCACCAGGGCUUCCCUUCUGUCUGAUGGAGACGAGGCUGACGGGGAACCAGGUCCACCCGACAGAAACCACCUCGAGGAUCCUUUGCUCUCGCUGUACGGACGCGAGAGGGGAGACACCAGAAGAUCCUCCAUCAUCUGAAGGUCUGCUGCGCCUCGCGCAGGGCGUGUCGUGAAGAUUGGGUUUAACAUGCACGCUUUUGAGCGCGUGUAGCCCGUCCAGCCGCAGGGAGCGUUUAGUGCUUUUUCUUGUUGUUGUCGUCGUCGUUGUUGCCGCCAAGCUGCAUUCUUCAAGUGCGGAGAUGGGCUCUGCGGGCGCGGAGCGCCGCAGGCCCACGCCCGCCCAGACGCCCGAGGAGAGGGAUGUGUGGAGGGACGGCCUGAGAGCGGGGUGGCGGGACGUGGGGAGGGAGGGCUGGAGAGAGGGACGAGAGAGUGGAGUGGUGCAGAGCUACAGCUUCGACUCGUACCAGCUGGAGGAAGAGGAGAUCAGUAAAGACGCCCCAGAGCGAGGAGUACUCGCUCUGUCCGAGCCCGAUUUCGAAGAACCCAUCCCUGACGACCGUUACCAUGGCAUCUAUUUCGCAAUGCUACUGGCUGGAGUUGGUUUCUUGCUCCCCUACAACAGUUUCAUCACUGACGUGGACUACCUCCACCACAAGUUCAAAGGAACAUCCAUAGUGUUCGACAUGAGUCUGACGUACAUCUUGGUUGCUCUCCUGGCCGUCAUCCUUAACAACGUGUUGGUGGAAAGACUCAGCAUGCACACCAGGAUUACAGUGGGUUACAUCUUGGCUCUCGGGCCGCUGGUCUUCGUGAGUGUGUUUGAUGUCUGGCUGGAGAAGUUCACCACCAAGGAGGCCUACAUCAUCAACCUGGUGUCAGUGGGAGUGGUGGCUUUUGGAUGCACAGUGCAGCAGUCCAGUUUCUAUGGUUACAUGGGGAUGCUGCCCAAGAGGUAUACACAGGGGGUGAUGACUGGAGAAAGCACAGCUGGGGUGAUCAUCUCCCUGUCUCGCAUCUUCACAAAGCUGCUGAUCACGGACGAGAAGAAGAACACGCUCAUCUUCUUCCUGGUCUCCAUCAGCAUGGAGAUGCUGUGCUUCUUGCUUCACCUGGUGGUCCGCCGCUCGCGGUUUGUCCGCUACUACACCAGCCAUUCCGCGGGCAAAGGCCCAGCCAAAUGCCACGAUCCACGAGACAACGGGACCGGGUACAGGGUUCACCACGACGUCACUUCAGAGGAAGUCAGAUUUGGAAACAGCGGCAUAGGACCGUCCUCCACAGAAGAAGGCCUUGAAGACGUUGUGGGUGGCACCUAUGUGCGCUUUGACGCCCCGAAAGCAAAGAUUAGGAAGAGCUGGCCCGGUGUCCGAGACAUGAUCUUGCACCGUUACGUCGUCUCACGCAUGAUCUGGACCUACAUGCUGUCCAUAGCCGUGACCUACAGCAUCACUCUGUGUCUGUUCCCCGGCCUGGAGUCCGAGAUUCGAAACCCCACCCUGGGGGAAUGGCUCCCCAUCCUCAUCAUGGCCACCUUCAACAUGUCCGACUUUGUUGGCAAGAUCCUGGCAGCACUGCCCUACGACUGGUCUGGAGGACGCCUGCUCUUUUUCUCCUUCCUGAGGGUGGUCUUCAUCCCUCUGUUUGUCAUGUGCGUCUAUCCAGCCAGCUCGCCCACGCUGUCCCACCCGGCAUGGCCGUGCCUCUUCUCCCUCCUCAUGGGAGUCACUAACGGAUAUUUUGGGUCUGUGCCGAUGAUCCAGGCUGCUGGCAAAGUGCCCCCCGAACAGAGGGAGCUGGCCGGGAACACCAUGACUGUCUCCUAUAUGACAGGCUUGAUGGUUGGCUCCACUGUGGCUUACGCGGCUUACAGCUUCGCCGCUCCAGCGGCGGCAGAAUGUUCUCUCAACGAUAACACACGUUACAACGCUUCGGGGUUUUGAAUGUCAAACGAAUGUCGGCAAAACACACACACUCACAGACAUUUACACACAUGGAUGUACAAAAACAUGCUGCACGACCAAGAUUUUCCACUUGCGGCAACGUGGACCGACGGAUUCGAGAUAAAUGAGAAGAAGGGGGCGAAAUCCGCAUUUGUUGUGGACGAAAAAGAUCAGAAAUUUCUGGUCUCUGGCGGUGAAGCAGUGACUCGUAGGCAACUACCGGGAUGAACUUUCAAGGAAGUGUGGAGAAGGAGCUGAUCUAAUCCCUUUGGGUAUCACACAGCGAAAUUACUGUCUGCGUGCGAGCGAACAGACCGUCUGACAUUUGUGAGGUGUAAAGUCAAGUCAAAGUCUCAGAGGAGCGAGCUCCUGUAGCAGGAAAGGAGACUUUGUGUCAUGAAUCACUUGUAUUGCAUUUCGCGACACCCAAGAAGUUAUCAGAGUGAGCAGAUGGAUUCAGGAAGGCUAUUUCUAGAAAAGAAUAAGCCUUUCUGCGCAAGGACUUUUCACACAUUCACGCUUUCAAACACCCUUUUAAAAUGAAAAGAGAAAAGGCUGUACAUGUAUACUGAGUCGCAUGCAAAAAUUCUAAUUGGUGAACAUAUUUACCGUCAGUAUCAAAGAGAAUAAAAGAUGACCUCAUCUCCAAAAUGCAACCAGUUAAAGAUGAAACUAUUUGAUUUCAGUCCGAGCAAGAUUAUUAAUGUGUUGUUUUUAAAUGACCUUCCCCUAAUCAAGAGUUUCACAGCUCAUUAGCUCAAUUUGAGGUUUAUGUGGGCUUUCUGUGAUUUUCACAAACUCUCCCAUCAAAAGACUUCAAAAGAGUUCUGUUUGAGUUUUUGUAUAAAAGGUCUUGGCAGAAUUAAUGUUGAGACUAAAUCUAUACAUUUUUACUUUUAUUCCAGCUUGUAUUGAAUUUUGGGCUGAUUUUAGGCUAACAACUUUUCAUCUCCUGAAUUUGAUGAAUUUACCUAAAUGCACCCUUCCACUGUCAGUUCACUCUGUCACUGGCAGCAACGCAAGCCCAAACCACGAUCAGGCCACCUCCGUGCUUAACUAUUGACAUGAUGCUGGUUUCAUAGCACUCUGGACCUUUUUUCAUUUCCCAAAGUUAUUCAGCAUUGUUUUCGCAUCAAAAUGCCUUUUCCAAAGUGUCCUCAUUGGAUUUUGAUGCUUAAAUUUGCAAAGAGAAGCCACCGAUGUGUGAUCUUGACUGAUCUUUAACUGAACUUAUUUUGGAGAUUAGUUGAUCGUCUUUUAUGUAACUGUUUAGACUAACAUGCCACUGUGUUUGCGAAGGGAGGGUCACCGCAUGUUUUCCUGACCUGUGUGACCCCUCUUUGACCCUCUGAGCAGUAUUUCUAAUCAACAUCAGUGUUUUACAGAAGAGGGGGGGGAUAGUGAGUGCCAAAGGGUUCGUCUGCUCCUGAGGAAAAAAGUGAAUGUAUUAUUGUAAAUAUAAAAAAAUGAAAUUCUCUAAAAAAAGUAAAGAGAUUUUAUUUUCUCAGCUGCAAAGCCCCCAGAAAGAUGAAGAGAUUGAUAUGUUUUAUAGCUGACCUUUUGUGUGCAUCUGUUUCCUUUCUUCAGUUUUUUCUUGCAAAGUGCAGCAGACCACAGCCUCUUAGUUGGCUUCCACUCCCAGCCGGAUCUAAUCAAUUUUUCAGCGACAAAAAGGCCAGCCGAGUUCAGAGUUCAUCCAUUAAGAAGUAAAACAGAGCUCAAUGCGGAAAGCUAUAAAAGAAACUGCAUUAUGUAGGUGAUGGCGCAUAGGAUCUGUACUGUUUGGAGAAUAGUGUGGAGCCAUUUGGGAGCUAACCUCAUUACUGUAUUUAUGUCCCGUUGUUGUGAGAGCACCCUGUUUAGUGAGGCCACUCUGUGAGUUGCUUGGUUUGAAGGUGUUUUAGUUAUUUUUGUCAAGGACAUGAAAAUUCUCUUCUGUAUUAAGCUCUGUGGAAGAAAUGGCCUUUUGUGAGAGAGGGGAUGUCCAUCGUUGCAUGACAGGGGAUUUUGUCCAAGUGAGAUUUACAUUUCAAUGACAGAUUUUUGAGGAAAUGUUAUUUCUACUGAGAACUGUGCAAAUAUUAAGCUGGCAGCCACUUUCUUAACUGUUUAAAGAGGUGUAAUUUAACAAUGCCACACACACUCAGUGGUGAUUUCUAGAAAUCCUGCAGUUUUCCCUACGAUUUGGAAUAGAAGUGGCCUGAUGAUCUCAUAUCAAGCAAGACUUACUGGGUUUUUCAGUCUCCAUUUUGGUAUGCACGUACAGCCCGGAGAGAAAGGCUAGAACAAGGUGCAGAAUUGUUUGAAAUAUGUAGAUAUUCUGUAAAUCGGAAUAAAGAAUACGAGCGAAAAAGAGAGGCUUGAUGAUCCAGAUGUUUUAUGACCACUAACCAAGCUCUGUGAUGGAUGCUGGCUGCUUUUGGCUCCAUAUUGUUUUGUUUGAUAUCUGUAAUAACGUUGAGGUUGGGGCUCUGGGGAUUCAUCCCCAUCUCGGUGCUGUGUCAUUUGGCGUAGCUCAUGCUUUUUGUCUUCAUUAGAGAAAUGACAUGUCUCAGGAGAUGCUGUCAGCAGUUUCGUAGAGAGAGAGAGAACAUAAAUGAUGGACUGUACGGCAAAAAAAUGAUUAGUUUAAGAUUUAUUAUGUUGUGAUUGCUUGAGCCAGGAGAAACCAACAGGUGAAUGUAGUUUUCUCUAGACGGAGCCAAAUUAGGUCUCUUCAUAUAUUCUCAGUCCUCAUUAAGAAUGGCUUAAAUGAAAACUACUCUUCCAUAGAGACAACUUCUAAUGAGGUUCUAGCGUGCAGUAGAUGGAUCAGCUGGCGGUCCAGAUGUUUCUCACGCCACAUUAGAGACAGCUUACUGCAGUAGAUGUGGACAGCCUGUGCUUUUUUUUUGUUAUAUUCUCCACAUAGAUGCUGUCCUGCCUCAAUGAUUUCUGCUGGCAGUUCGGUUCUAGUGCGUAUCCGUUGUGUUUCCUGGAGAGGACCUCCAGGAAACAGGGGAUCAGUGAAGAAUAGACAAGAGGAGUAUGAAGUUUUAUUUCCUCCGCUGAUCAUCAAAACAAUGAGAAAAAGGCCUUCCUCCCCUGCUGUCAAACCCUGUGUGUAGUUAGAGAGUGCCGUAACAGUAAAGGGAGAAGGGACUGUAGUGUUUUUGAACGGCUGAUGGCGUAAAGCUGCAGCUGGCUCAGCACCUUAUUCACUGAAAUGCCUGUCUGUUGUCUGCUGCACCCGGCUGACACUGUGACAUCAUCCACUAAGUUGUUGUCAGGCUACAAACAGCCACCCCACCCCAUGUUCUUUUGUUGAAAAUAAGAAUUGUCAACUACGUCUAUGUCGGUGCCACAGACAGAGACGUAUGUCCCAAUGUAUAAUAAUCCAUCCAAAUAAAUGACAAAACCAUUACUUUAGUUUGAUAUUGUAAAGUUGUUUCUUUUCAGGGAUAAACAAGUCAUUCUGAUUAAACUGUUUUUAAAUGUCUUUGUGGCCCGUGCCCAAACACGACAUUUGAAAUUUGUUAUUUAUUGUCUGUUACAUUUAGAAGCAACCCUGGUUCAACCAUGAACAAGAUGUCCAGCUUGAAUGUCUCCUCUGUGACAGUUAAAUGGCUUAAAAAUAAAAAUCAAAGAAAAACAGAUUGUUGUACAAAUAAAUGUUACUGAAGAAUCAGUGAUUACACCAAUACCUCAGUAUAAUAUCUGUAGGUCUGUUGUGUGAUUCUCUGUUACCAUUUUCUAAUUUUCACCCAAACACAUGAUCAACAGUAACACUGAUUUUCUCACCUCCAGCAGCUUAAACUUAACUCCAACACACGAACAGUAAACGUGUGAGUGAACACUGUGGCAUAUCAAGAUGGUGUAAGAAAAAAAAAAUCUGUGGUGCAUAUGCACAGGUAGCAUGUAUAUUCUGUAUAAAUACCAUAUUUUCAGAUAAUACUUGUACAUAAAGAACCAUUUAAGAACUUUAUGGAUCCUCUAUAAUGAUCUAAUAAAAAAAGUAUGUUCCAAAGAAACUCGAAUGGAGCCUUUUUUUUUGGGUGUCACAUCAGCAUGAACAACAACUUUAAGUGCAAAAAAUCACAGAAUACCUGAAAGGAUUAAAAAAGGAAGUAGCUUAUUUUAAAUUUCUGACUCUUCUGACUUGAAUUGUAUGUAAACUGCAGCAGUUUUUUGCAGCUGUUGAAGGUUUU